UCUGGGCACGGCUCGUGGGGAGGCUGGUGUCUGCGGUGCUGCAGAUGCUGUCCGGCCAGGGCGAAUUUGCAGGGUAGGACUGAGGGAGCUGCUGAGACCUCUUAUGUUUCCAAAUUUCCAGGGCAGUCUCUUGAAAACUGGGGAAUUUGGUGGCUUUCUGUCCGUGCCUAUGAAGCUUGUAUGCUGUUGGAGAGGAAACUGCUUAAGUAUCGCCAGGCCUGGAUGGUUUGUGUGUGAGCUAUUGUGGUCUUUUUGCUGCUUUUGGGGCUCCCAAUCACCAUGCUGACAUUUAGCAAGGUGGUGGUCGGGGUGAUUGUGGCAGUUCAAGCUGUGGCUCUUGUCCACUUCUUCCUCCUUGUGCCUCAAAGAAGCAGUUCCCUGCAGCAAGAGAAGCAGUCCCAGGUGCACAUCCUGAUCCUCUCCUCCUGGCGAUCAGGGUCUUCCUUCACUGGCCAGCUCUUCAGCCAGCAUCCUAAUGUCUUCUAUCUGAUGGAGCCUGCCUGGCAUGUGUGGACUACAAUGCAUCAGAAUACUGCCCACAGCUUACACAUGGCAGUGCGUGACCUAGUCAGGUCUGUUUUCCAGUGUGACAUGUCUGUGUUUGAUGCAUACAUGUCUAGGGGGAGAGAAAAGUCUGAUUUAUUUCAGUGGGAGUCUAGCCGGGCCCUGUGCUCCCCACCUGCAUGUGAUGUCUUCCAGCGCAGUGACAUAAUUGCCAAGUCUCACUGCAGGACUGUCUGUAGCAAAUACCCAUUCAGCACGGUGGAGCAGGCUUGCAGGCUUUAUAGCCAUGUUGUCCUCAAGGAGGUCCGGUUCUUUGACCUGAAGGUUCUCUAUCCACUUCUCAGUGACCCCUCACUGAAUAUCAGAAUCAUCCACCUGGUCCGUGACCCUCGGGCUGUAUUUCUAUCCCGCGAGAAGGUUGCGCCUGAUCUGGUACGUGACAGUGACAUUGUGGUAGGGCCCGAGAACAACCAGGGAGAAAUGGGCCCUUAUAAUGUGAUGCAGGAAAUCUGCAAAAGCCACAUCCAGAUUUAUACAGAAGGCAGCCAGGCUCUCCCCAGCUCUCUCCAGGGCCGCUAUAUGCUGGUGCGCUAUGAAGAUAUUGUCAAAGAUCCCCUGGAAAAGACUGCAGAGCUCUACAAGUUUGCAGAACUCGGCUUCCUGCCAAAACUGCAGAGGUGGGUGUACAACGUCACCCAUGGGAAAGGGCUGGGGGCAGGGGCCUUUGACAUCAGCUCCAGAAAUGCAGUGAAUGUCUCUCAGGCUUGGAGGAAGUCCCUGCCCUUCCACAAAAUACAAAAGCUGCAACAGGUGUGCAAGGAUGCCAUGGAGCUGCUAGGCUAUCGAUUGCUGGCAUCAGAGGAGGAGCAGACGGACAUGACACUGGACCUCUUGCUUUCUCAGCAUCCCCCUACCAGGCAGAAACAGGAGCUGAGGACAGAAAAGUCACCCCCGGCUCUGGCCAGCUGAGAGCCACAGAAUGCACAGCUCUGCAACAGGACCGAGUGGGAGGGUGGGUGAGUGGUGCAUGUGUACAUGCAUGUGGAGGGGGUAGCAAACGACCCUGGGAAAGAACAGAGUGGCAGGCCCUGUGCCCAUUGCUGAUCUCCUUCCCCACUGUUGAUCUCCUUCCCCACUGUUCACUUUCCACAUGACCCAGUCUAGACCAGUGACUGCAGUUCCCUGGGCAGCCCAGCCCUGUGGAGUAACACAGGUCCUUGUUCUCCUGACAGUCUUUGGUUUGGGUGGGACAGAGCUCCGAAAAAGUGCAGAUUAGGGUGGACAGAACUCCAAAGGAGCAGGACCAGAUGGCAAAGUAGGAUCCCAACAAAGCCAACAUUAAACAGCAACAGAACUGCAGGCAGGAGCUGUAUUCCUAGAGACUGGGAGGCAUGAGCGAAUGUCACUCACAGUGAGCAUCUACUAGCCUCUGUUACCUUAAUGCCAAAGGAGAGAGAAACUGGAUUUGAGGCAAGUUUUGCAGCAGGCAAGAAUUCUUGUGGGUGAUAUCUCUUAUUAGGGCACCUGUGUGGCUGGGAUGUUCUGAGGUUGUGGAGCUUUUUGCUGAUCUUUUCUUUUUCUGAUCCGUGCUCUGUACCUGGGUGAUCAGCAUUGGUGGUAGUGUUGCAAAGGAUCUGUGUUCACUUCCCCCCCGGUGUUGUACUGGAAAAGCAACAGAACAGCCCUGGCUGAACUAAUAAAAAAGAAUUAA